AUGUCAAGCGUCGCUUCCAAAGUCGCCAUCAUAGGCAGCGGGAUUUCAGGAACAGUGUGUGCAUCGAUUCUGGCAAAAAACGGAAUUUCAGUCACCAUUUUCGAGUCCGCUAGAGGACCCGGGGGCCGGAUGUCUCAGCGCAGAGAAAUUGCCGAAGAUGGGAGGGAGCUAUUAUUCGACCAUGGCGCGCCAUGUUUCUCGUUGAAUGCUAGCAACUCUGAGGUGCAGAGCCUAGUCUACGAUUGGGAAUCAAGAGGGCUUGUGGCUGAGUGGAAAGAGAAGUUCGGUUCAUUUGAUUGCGGUGCCAAAAAGUUCCUCAAAAUUGAAGAGAAAGGAGUAAACAAGAAAUAUGUCGGUGUUCCUGGGAUGAAUUCUAUCUGCAGAGCAUUGUGCCACGAGGCUGGGGUGGAAAGCAGGUUUGGGCUAAGUAUUGGGAGGUUGGAGUGGCUUGAUGAUGAUGAUUCUUGGUCCUUGAUGGGUUUAGAUGGACAAGAACUUGGUAAAUUUAAGGGGGUGGUUGCCUCAGACAAAAAUGCAUUUUCCUCCAGGUUUACGAACGUCACAGGACGACCACCACCUAUUGAUCUGAACAUGGUUUCAGAUGUGGCCUUGAAGUUGAAAGAAAUUCCAGUUAUUUCGUGCUUCGCUCUUAUGUUGGCAUUUGAACAGCCUUUGUCAUCAAUACCACUGAAAGGCUUUUCAUUCAAGAACUCUGAAGUUCUAAGCUGGGCUUAUUGUGACAGCAGCAAGCCGGGACGUUCGACCACUAGCGAACGCUGGGUGCUGUAUUCUACAGCAGAAUAUGCAGAGCGUAUUAUUGCCCAAACAGGACUUCAGAAGCCUUCUACUACAGUAUUAACGAAAGUAGCAGAGGAACUGUUUCAGGAAUUCCAAAGCACUGGGCUUGAUAUUUCACAGCCAUUUUUCAAGAAAGCCCAUAGAUGGGGGAGUGCUUUUCCAGCUUCCAUCAUUACGAGGGAGGAGAAAUGCUUUUGGGACGGUAAGAAGAGGUUAGCGAUUUGUGGAGAUUUUUGUGUUAGUCCAAAUGUCGAGGGUGCAAUAUGUAGUGGCAUUGCUGCAGCUUCAAAGUUCACUGAAAUGCUUAGUUCCUGGUGA